UUAUCGAAAAUUCAGGAUGAGUUUAGAGGUGGAAAAAUUAACUUAGAAAAAACUGUGAAGUUACUUGGAAAAUUAAAUAUCCAGUGUGAUAUUGCUCAUGUGAAAUAUAUUUUUAAGGAUAAUGAUAAGCAGAAGCAAGGAAAAAUCACCAUAGAAGAAUUCAGAGCAAUUUAUCGAAUUAUUGCACACAGAGAAGAAGUUAUGGAAAUUUUCAACACGUAUUCUCCAAACCGGAAAAUUCUGUUUGAAAGAGAUCUGGUUGAAUUUCUAAGGCAAGAGCAGUAUAUAGUCGAGAUGACUAAAACUAUUGCCUAUGAGAUCAUUCAAAAAUAUGAACCCAUUGAAGAAGUUAAGAAACACCGCCAGAUGUCAGUUGAAGGUUUUACAAGAUACAUGGAUUCAUCUGAAUGUUUAGUGUUUAAAAAUGAGUGUAAACGUGUUUAUCAAAAUAUGAAUCAUCCAUUAUGUGAUUAUUUUAUCUCAAGUUCACAUAACACAUACUUGAUAUCUGAUCAAUUAAUGGGACGGAGUGACCUUUGGGGAUAUAUAAGUGCCCUUGUGAAAGGAUGCCGUUGUCUGGAAAUUGACUGCUGGGAUGGAGCACAAAAUGAGCCUAUUGUAUACCAUGGUUAUACACUUACCAGCAAGAUUCUAUUUAAAACUGUUAUCCAAGUGAUACACAAAUAUGCUUUUAUGACAUCUGACUACCCAGUGGUGCUUUCUUUAGAAAAUCACUGCUCCCCUGCUCAACAAGAAGUGAUGGCAGAUAAUAUGCAGGCAAUUUUGGGAGAUACUCUGCUUUCUGAUAUGCUUGAUGAUUUUCCAGAUAAACUACCAUCACCAGAGGCAUUACGAUUCAAAAUAUUGGUCAAAAACAAGAAAAUAGGAACCUUAAAGGAAACCCGUGAGAGGAGAGGUUCUGAUAAGCAUGGCCAGGUAGAGGAAUUUGAAGAAGAUGUUGAUCAAGAUGAUGAGGAAGAUGCAACAUCUGAUGAUGUUUUAUUAAAAGACUAUCAAGAAAAGGAAAUAGAGGCCAAAAAGAAAAAGCAAGAAAAGGAAGCAGAAUCAGGUCGAUUACUACUUUUCAAAAAAAAGACCUCGAAGAUGAAAAUAGCUCUGGCUCUAUCAGAUCUUGUCAUUUAUACUAAAGCUGAGAAGUUCAAAAGCUUUGAACACGCAAGAAUGUAUCAGCAAUUUAAUGAAAAUAAUUCUAUUGGGGAGACAGAAGCCCGAAAACUUUCAAAGCUGAGAGCACAGGAAUUUAUUUUUCACACAAGGAAGUUCAUUACUAGAAUAUAUCCCAAAGCAACAAGAACUGACUCUUCUAAUUAUAAUCCUCAGGAAUUUUGGAAUAUAGGUUGUCAAAUGGUGGCCUUAAAUUUCCAGACCCCUGGUCUGCCUAUGGAUCUACAAAAUGGAAAAUUUUUGGACAAUGGUGGUUCUGGAUAUAUUUUGAAACCACAGUUCCUAAGAGACAAUAAAUCAAACUUUAAUCCACAUGAAGCAAUUAAAGAUAGUAAACCAGUUACACUUACAAUAAGGCUCAUCAGUGGUAUCCAGCUGCCUCUUAGUAACAAAACUGACACACUAGUGAUAAUAGAAAUUUUUGGUGUUCCAGAUGAUCAAAUAAAACAGCAGACUCGUGUAAUUAAAAAAAAUGCUUUUAGUCCAAGAUGGAAUGAAACCUUCACAUUUAUUAUUCACGUACCAGAAUUGGCAUUGAUACGAUUUGUUGUUGAAAGUCAAAGUCUAAUAGCUGGAAAUGAAUUUCUUGGGCAAUAUACUUUACCAAUCCUAUGCUUGAACAAAGGUUACCGUCGUGUUCCUCUGUUUUCCAAAGCAGGUGAGAGUCUUGAGCCAGCUUCCCUGUUUAUUUAUGUUUGGUACGUCAGAUAG